CAGUGUGGUCUGAGAACAACUGAGGUGAAAAUCACGAGGCCUCUGAAGCCGAAGCUCGAUGGAAAGUAAAAGAGGGAGCAGUGAAAAUGUACUUCUUUUGACAAAACUCAACUAGCAGCCAGCGGGUAUAAAGUGCAGCACUGUGACACAGGAUCCAGGAAUCUGGGCUCUGAUAAGCUGAACUCUGCUGCACUCUCUGCAGUUCCUUCCAAUCGAUCAGAAACAGGAGGCCUGCGUCAGAGAGACAGGUAGAGAUAGACCAGCAGAUAGACCCAGGAAGCAACUGAAAAGGCAACUGUCAGUUUAAUGAUGCUGGUGCUUUAUCAUAUUAAUCUGCUGACGGCCACAACUCACGUGAGUAGUGGGUGGCAGAAGGGCUCCAUGACAAACAUUUUAAAAUAACAGUUCCUACAUUCAUGGUCAGUUUGUAUUUUCUUGCUUGUGUCUCUCUUAAUCUUCAUCUGAGAGGAACAAGGACAUAUUUGAUGUUUGAUGAGACACAAAAGAGUCGUAGGGAGAGUCAAAUGGUCUUUCAGGGGGGAGGGAUGAGUGAGAUACACAUCACUUCACAGGAAGAGACAGACAGCACAGUGUGGUCUGAGCACAACUGCCGUUAAAGUCACAAGGCCUUUGAAGUCAAAGCUUUGCAGCAAAAGCAGUGACAACUGACCUACCUGCUUUUGACUGAAUAUGAUACCAUUCUACAUCAGUCUCUAUUUUACUCUCCAAUAUUGUUUCACUGAGUUUGUGUUGUGUUAGCCUAGCUUUUAUUUUUAUUUCAGUCAAAUGGGACCUAUUAUGCUCAUUUCCAGCUCUAUAGUCUUAGUUUGAGACUCCACUAGAGUAGCUUUGCAUGAUUCACUCUUCAAAAUGUGUAUCCCUUCAUGCAGCGCCUAAGUUCAUCCUGUCUGAAACAGUGGGUGUGCUGCUAACUUAUGCAUGCUCAGAGCAGUGGGGAGAGUGUCUGUGUUUAAUGUUAUAUCUCUAGUACAGGAGCUACGGACCGCCGGGUGCGCCGGUGCCUCACGUUUUCAGUCCAUAAGGAGUUAGUGGUUAGCUAAUAGCUUCAAAUAAAGUAAUUAUAUGCAUUAGUAAACUCUGUGAAUCCCCAAAGCAGUUAAACUCGCAGUACGUCACCUCCACUGGCGCUACAAACUGUCAUGGCGAUGACCAUAAGUCCAAACGCCAGACUUCCAAACAUUACUCCACAAUUCAAUGGGCAACGUCAUGAUAGGCUCACAUUUGGUCCUGACUUAAUGUCAACUUCCAACACUGUAACAUAAUAUUUAUGGGAGAAACUGAGGAAAAGCAUAAUAGUUCCAGUUUAACUAAAAUGUCUUUUUCACAGCUUGUUUAAGUUUUUUGUUUAGUUUUAGUUCAUUCUAACAACUUUGGUUUGGACUGCAGGAAAUGUUUCAACCUUAAUGCAAAAUCAGAAAGAUGUGUAACAUUAACUUCAGAACUUCUCACUUCCUUCUGUGAGAGCACUGACACCCACAAAUCUGCACCACCUGUGUUACAUACAGACUAUUUUCCACUGAAAGUGUACUCAUUGUCUUUGACCCCUUUACUGAAACCGCCAUCAUACUGCAAGAUCACUACGGAGCGAAGGAUGUUCAAGUUUUAUGUGCUCUUGGUUCUUCUUUUUGGAGCAGAUGGCGCUGUGCUCUACACUAACCCCGGACACAGUGUGACUUUACCGUGUUUCUACGGUGCCAGUGUUAAAUAUCUGUGCUGGUACAAGCAGGUUGCAGGGGAGCAACCUCAUAUAAUAUCCUCUGUCUACAAACAUUCACCUGACAGCAACAGCUUCCACAACCAGUUUAAACAUGACAAACGGUUUUCAGUUCAUGCUGGAGAAGGGUUCUACCAUCUGAACAUUUCUAAUGUGCAGGACUCGGAUUCAGCGAUGUACUACUGCGGAAAAAUCAUCAUUGUUGUCCCGGAAUUUGAGAAUGCAAUAUUUUUGGAUUUAAAACAGUCUGGUCGCAGCUCUUUCCCCCUGCAGCCAGUGUUCGACACCAUGAAGCCAGGAGGCUCUGUAACUCCGAACUGCACGGUCCAUGCUGAUGUUGGAGAGAAACAUGAGGACACUUCCUCUGUACUGGUGCUUUAUGUGGCUGCAGCUCUGCUUGUGUCUGUUACCGUGAACAUCGUCUUAAUCAGUAUCCUCUGCAAAAUGUCCAGGAGAACAUAUCUUCAUUCUGGAGAGACUCCAGCAAGAUGUCAGGCUCCCUCCACAGCAAUUGCAGAGAGUUACCUACAUUAUGCUGCUUUAAGUGUCAAACUGACGAAGAGAUCAAGAAAACACAGGGAUCAAAUCUGGAGCUGGAUCUCUGUCUCAGGUUCUGAGUCUCAGACUGUGGAGGUUCAGCCUGGUGAAGAUGUCAGACUGCUGUGCUCGAACAUUUCCACAAGUCCAACUCAGACAGAAUGGUUCAGAGUGACAAACAGAACCAAACCCAGCUGUAUCUCCUCUAUGUACAGAUCUGAUGGCAACGUUUUUUACUGUGAUGGCUUUUCAACUGGAAAAUUUGAAAUGAGCUCCAACGCCUCCACUAUUUUUCUUCAAAUCAAGCGAGUGGAUUUAUCUGACUCUGGACUGUAUUUCUGUGGAUUUUACAAAGGCAAACAUACAGUAAUUUCCACUGCAACACAUUUGAAUGUUAAAGGUGAUGAUGAAUCAGAUGAUGAAGUGGAUUGUAACACUCAAAAUAUGAUAGUCGAGGCUGAUGGAAUGACAACCCGAAUGACUGUGAUCCUGGGUGGUCUGACUGCUGUCCUCACUAUAGUCAUCAUUGUUCUGGCUGUUAAAAUCAGGAAACUUCAGACAGCUGUGAAAGAAGAAGCGCAGCCAGAAAGAAACAAGAAUCUGGACUCAGAUGACCUGAACUACGCAGCUCUACGUUUCCAGGCGAAACCAAAAAGAAACCACAGACCUGCACCAGAGAGAGAGCUGGAGCCACAUGUUGUGUAUGCUGCCACCAGAUAGACUCAACUGGGACUGUAGCUCUGAGUGGAACUGAUGCUUUAUCACAUUAAUCUGCUGUUGUGUUUUUGUGUGUGAGUAGUGGGUGGAAGCUUUGAUUCUGUAUUUUCUCACUCAUGUCUUUUUUUGUCUCUCUCUCGGUCAAAGUGUCUGUCUUGCUUAUGAGAGGAGGGAGGAGUUAGUGAGGUACACAUCACUUAUUUGACAGAAAGUGACAGCACAGUGUGGUCUGAGAACAACUGAGGUGAAAAUCUGAAGCCAAAGCUCGAUGGAAAGUAAAAGAGGGAGCAGUGAAAAUGUACUUCUUUUGACAAAACUCAACUAGCUGCCAGCGGGUAUAAAGUGCAGGACUGUGACACAGGAAUCCAGGAUUCACAUCCAGACUCCUGUUUGUGCUUAGGUUCAGGCAAUAAAAGACCUUUGGUUAAGGUUAGGAAAAGAUUGUGAUUUUGGUUAGAUGUUAAUAAAAAAAUCAUAUGUCUCAAAUCUCUGCUGAUUUUUUCUGUAUCAGUGCCAGCUCCUAAAAAUAACCAUAACCACUGCAGUCACUGUGAGCAGAUAGUGUAUUGCUUGAUGAAAUAUGUUGUCAGUGAACAUUUCACUAAUACAUUCUGUAUCAGCAUUUUUGCCAGGAAAAGCUUGUUAUAGUGUGUGAGAUACAGUAUAUGAUGCUAAAUACUCUGACCUACUAAAUUUGGGCUCUGAUAAGCUGAACUCUACUGAACUCUCUGCAGUUCCUUCCAAAGACAAUAAGAAACAGGAGACCUGUGUCAGAGAGACAAGUAGAGAUAGACAUAGAGAUAGCUGCCAGCCAAUGACAAACAUUUUAAAAUAAAAGUGACUACAUUCAUGUUCA